AUGCCAAGCCCAUGGAACGCACUUGUUUGGAGUGUGCGGAGGUGGGUGGACAGCUGUGGCAGUGCUAUGUGCCAGAAAACUAACAACUCAAAAGGGAAAAGAAAGAAGUGUAGCGGCACAUGGAGAGCGGAGGAGAGCGCGACACAGCGGGGUCUGUUUGUGAACGACGCAUCAAACGAGGAGCACAAAAGAGCCGUACGUCCUGUGGUCUAUGGGCUGGAGAGGACGGAGAGGAGGGACAGGCUGGAGAGGAGAGAUGGGAGAGGAGGGAGAGGAUGGAGAGGAGAGGAAGGAGAGGAGGGAGAAUAUGGAGAGGCUGGAGGGGAGGGAGAGGAUGGAGAGGAGGAAGAAUAUGGACAGGCUGCAGAGGAUGGAUGGAGAGUCUGGAGAGGAGGGAGGAAGAGGUUGCAGAGAAUGGAGAGGCUGCAGAAGAUGGAGAGAUGGGGGGUAAGUGGGGUUGAAGGACAUAAGUAG